ACGAGCAGCAGCCGAGAGGAAAAAAAAAAACUUUCUCGUAUUCAGCUCGUGGCGUUUGUUUGUUUGUCAAAGUUAAUAAAAAAAAAGAAAAGACAACUCAUUAUAUUUGUACACGGCCGUUGAAUGGCAUCCGGCGACUUACUGAGCCUGAUCAGAAACGGGUUUCAUCGCGACAUCCAAUGACAGCGAUGGUAAGUGAGCUAACCCAGCAACCGACGUGCAAACUAAACGGCCUGUUCAGCAUCGGGGAGGACUUCGAUGACGAGGACCUGCUCGGGACAGACUGGGAUGUCCGCCCGGCGUCUGGACCGACCGAUGCGGCAGCUGCUGCUGGACCAACUGUUGCCAUGGGCUUGAGGCAGCUCUCCUCCUCAUCCUCCUCCUCACAGCAUCCCCGUCCUCCCACGCUGAACAACACUAACCCGGCAUCGCCUCGGAGCCAUGCGACCGCUGGGGGGUCGCCGAAGCCCUGUGUGGCUCAGGACGAUUUCGACGACUGGGACGUCGACCUGGCAGACCUGGACGAGUGUGACGGCCAGCUGGGUCAGCCGCUUCGACCUCCCGCUCCCACGCCACCUGCGCCCUCGGUCGAGCCUGCAACUUCGGCCAAAGCGCUCAGACCCCCGACCUGCGGGGGGAUUCGGACACUACCUGGCGGGACGUCGAGGGAGCAGCUCGGCGCCGCACGCCAACCUGCUGCUCACGUGCAAUUUCCAGUUCCCCGCCCCUCUUUCCCAUCAGCCCCUCCACAGAGGCCGCAGGUUUUCCCCGGCUUCACCGCGACUUCUCCCGCCCAGAGCCCCAUUUCCAGGACUAUCAUCAGGCCCCAGCCGCCACAGAGACAGUGGGCAACUCCUGGACCCUCCCCUCAGACUCGUGGCCUCUUUGAGACAGUCUCCCCGGCACGUUCCCCUUCCCCCUCCUCCUCCUCCUCUAUGAGCCCUUAUCCCCUUCACACACCGGUCCUCACCAACCGCCUGGUCCAGCUGGUGUCCGCCUCCUGUCGGCUUCCCAAGAGGCCUCGCUCGGAGCCUCAAAGGUCCAGGACACGACGGUUCCCCGGCCCCGCCGGAUUCCUGCCACAGCAGCCGCAGAGUGAGAGCCUGGACGACGUGGUGGUUUCUGUCCCUCACAUUCCUGCUCACGGUGCCGUGGCUCGGUCGCCAAGCCAGGCUUCCGCCUCACAAAAUGAGGAAGACGAGUUCAGAGGCGGAGCUUGGGAAGCGAUGAAGGCAGAGAUGGGAUUGGAUGAGAGGAACCCGUCGUGCUUCCUGCGGUCCUACAGUGUGGUCAUGGUGCUUCGGAAGGCAGCACUGAAACAGCUUACAAAAAACAAAGUGCCCAACAUGGCUGUGGUUCUGAAGAGCAUCAUCCACACCCACGCUGACGCCAAGGCUGUGUUUAAAGACCCCACAGGGGAGAUUCAGGGAACGGUGCACCGGCGUCUCCUGGAGGACCGAGCGGAGGAGCUGAAGGUCGGAGCCGUUCUGCUGCUCAAACAAGUGGGCGUGUUCUCCCCCUCCCAUCGUAACCAUUACCUGAACGUGACGCCGAACAACCUGCUGAGGAUCUACACCUCAAACGGAGUGUGCCUGUCCUCCACCCAGCUCCCCCCGCUGGUCCUGGAACCAAUGUCGCAAUCACCCGCUCAGCCGCCCGCCGUCCACCGGGAGCCGGUGUCUCGGAUGCAUCUGGUGUUUGACGAGGAGGAUGACGAGGGACAGGAGGAGGAAGGAUGCGCAGAGCUCGUCAAAGACCCCCGAGAGCCUGCCGGGCCUCCAGCACCGCAGGGCACAGGCUGGGAUGCAGAUGACGACCUCGACGAGCUGCUGGGCGAGUUACCUGAGGACACCUACAGCCUCUGAUCUGUGUCCGUUUAUCAGAGCUCUUCAGUGCAGAGGAUAAUCUGACCCGGCCUGUUACCGUAUCUGAGGUUUCCUGGCAGCGAAGUAAUCGCACAGUCCCGUGUUGAUUUUUUACUCGUGGACCACAGAGACUCUUCAGCUCUGCCGGAAUCAGGGCGGAGUCGCACUGUGACUAACGGGGGCUCUUUACGGUGGCUUUCCUUACAGGAUCCAGACUCUCCUCCACUACCCCUGCCCCAGAAAGAACGACGUUACGGAUUCAGGUUAAUCCUCGGCCCCGUUGUCGUUUUGUCUGUGAUGCUGCUGCUGCAGACAUUUCCUGGCUUGUGUUCAGAAGAGACAGAGGGAGAAGGGGACGGAGGGGGGAUGAUGAAAUAGGAUGUUUGUAGUCAUCCCAAACACUUCUGGCUUUCCCGUCUUAGCUGUGUGACUGAGAUAAGUUCACAGCAGAGUCGGCACGUAUUUGCUGCUUUGACUCAAAACCUAUGCACAAUUGAUCUUAAAUAAGACGAUGACGAUGGCUGUGAGGGUGAAGUUCUGUCGCGUGAAGUUCUGUCGCGUAGCUUUAACUUGGGGGCAUUUUACAUCCAUGUGUAGGAACUUCUCCUGUCCUGCUCUCGCUUCAAACAAUUGGGAGAGAUGUACGCAAAGGGGAACACUUCCAAACAGUUAAACUGCUCACAACGGGUGUCAGUGCCGAGCUCUUUUACCUGUGAUGACGGGUCACAAGAAGAUAAAGUAAGAAACCACCGUCGUACAUUUCUAGUGUUGUGUACUGCAGAGUAUCAUAUCACCAGCAGGGGGGAGCAUUUAACACCCUCCCAUGACGAUUCAGGUCCUUGUGGACAUCAUUAGUCAAGUUCAUAGCUUUAUGGGAGCGUAGAUAUCCAACACCCAGUAAAGAGUCAAGAUGAUAAAAAUCCUAAUUGAAGGGGAACUUACUGUGUGUGUCUGUAUGUAUGCGCGCCCCUUCCCUUAUCUGCACGUCUUCCAAUUAAGACCUCCACAAAAAGGGGGAGGCUCGCUUCCAAAAAAAAGUCUGCAGCGAUUGCUCCCCAAUCUGGAAUAAUUUGCCCUUCGACUUCAAGCGCCUCUCGCCCGUGGUAAUAACCGAGUGUGUGCCCAGUCUGUAUCCAAAUCUGGCACUAACACAUCCUAAUUAUCUCCGGGUAACUGCAUAUUAUUUUUUUCAUAAUCCAUUAGGAUAGUCGGGGAGUGUAAUUACUCGGUACGAGAAGUGCCUUCUGACCGACAAAAAAAUAAAUUACCUUUUUUUUUUUUAAAGAAAAGGAUCCUUAUCUAUGGUUUACUCUGGUCCCAGGAGAAGAAAAAGAACUUUCUCAUCUUUGAUGUAAAGUACUGUUAACUCUCUGAGAUUUGAGAAGCCCUGAAAUAUCCAACAGGCAUCUUUUUUAAUAAGUUCUUCUGUCUCCGGUGGAUCGACGGUGACUCACACUGGUUUUUGGAAAAUUGGAAUUUUGCUACAGUACGAGCUGAGACGGAACAGAAAGAUGUGGCCUGUUCACGACAAAUGACAUCAGUGAACAUGGGACUUUCCACUGGUCAUGUCAUUGAUACCAAUGACUGUUAAAUUCAUCCGUCUGACAAUAUUGGAUCAAAAAUUAGAGAAAUGUCUCAAAAAUGUGAACUUUCGGACUCAUCUCAUCUUAAAUCACUGUGAGUCUUUGUUCCACAUCUUCUCUUCUCUGCAGUUAGUUUUGCAAUUUUUUUUUCUGCAAUUUUGCUUAAAAUAUGUAAAUUACAAACAUGUAUAAUUUGUACAUCAUACCUAUAUGAUCUAUGUUUACAAUGGAAAAAUGUCUCCAAGGUAAAAGGAAAAAAAUAGGGAUAUUUGAACUACUGUUCCAUGAUGGUACAACACAUUUCAUAGUACAGAACAUGAUUUAUGAUUGAAAGCACAACAAUAGCUUGUAAAUGGAUCUGCUGUUUUCAAGGAAUUAUCUUUUGGAAUUUUAUUUUGUAUUUUUAUUUUCCUAUAGUACGUUAAAUACUGUAUGUUUAUGUAUGACUACAGGUUGCCGACAUGUUAGAGGAAGAAACUGAAGAAAUGAGGAACGUUUGCAAAUCCAGAUGCUUCUUCCGAAACAGAGCAGGAUGGUCCCCUGGCUGAAUUAUUAAGUAUGAGCGCAAUGUAAAUAUAAUACAAUGUGGCCUUCACAGUCAUCAGAUGUCAACCUGACUGACCUUUUUGGCGGGUGACGUGUCGCAUUGCCCUUCCUGAAAACACAGAUUAUUGUAUAUCAUUUGGGAGAUUUGUGUUCAUCCAUCUAGUCGAGUUUUCAGGUGGCAGCAUUUUCCAACGAUACUUUUAAAUUGUGUUUCCUUUAACUUGGCACUCGUCCAUAUGCAAACCUUUUGCCGUGUGACACCUAAACUGUAUGACUGAUCAUCAGCCAUCCAGAAUAAUCCCAAGUCAAGAAGGCAAAUGUACAUCUUCAUCCACUGAUGGAGAGAAUAAAGCUCAUAUUUCAUAAAUGUUGCACUAAGCUUUGCAAGUGUUAACGCCUCGCAAAUGAAUAAAGGGAAGAAUAUGGUUGAGGCUAACAAGGGCUCACGACAUUAAUAAUACUGUGGAUGGAAAGUUGGCUGGAUGCAUGAAGCCGGAUAAGAUUUGCUAGAGCACAAAGCCCUUUAUUUUCAACUCUGGAGACCCGUUAACUCCCUGUAACACUGCGCUCGUUACCUCGCUGGGAAAAAGGGGGGAGAUUUGCUUAAUUAAGUUGUUAAGAAACCGGCAAAAAAACCCUGCAGCUGUUUGAGACCACAGCAAAUUUAAUUUUGGAGACGCACCGUGAUCUACUGACAGUGUGUGUGUGGGUAAGAUACUGUUCCUUUCGACUUCACUCAAUCUUUACUUUUAAUAAGCUGUUCUGUGUUGUUGCAAAUUGGUGAAAUUAGCCCCCGAGUGCAAAGAGGUAGUCAGAUAUUCUAUAAGAUGCACAUGAUACAUGCUGCUGGUGGACGACAUCAAGGCUACGAUCUCCAGAAGAAAAUGAAGAGGAAGCAUCAUUACACAUGUCUACUGUGAAAGCAAUAAUUGGUAAAUGCUGCAGGUUAAUCAUAAACUGGUCAUUAAAAUACAUUUUUGAGUGUUGUUAUUCCUGGACUUUGAGAGCAGAUGUGGUACAGUUUUGAUAUUCUUAACAAUAAAAAUAUGAUUUUAUUGA